UGAAGUUAGCGUACAAAUAAUUACCUUUAUUGUAAUGUUCUGCAGAAAGCUGCUAAAUUUUCUGAACUUUAGCUUUGGUUUACACACUUGUUAUCUUAUAAAGUGACAUUUCCUUUAUGUCACAUAAAAUUUACAAAAUAUCUACCAACAAUAGUAUAGCAGUGUAUGUUAGCGGAUCGAUUGUUCGACUGCGUGUUCUUCCUCCUUUCUGUCUACCACACCACACAGAGUCAGAAGGCAGUACAGCCGCGUCGAACACAGAAACAAGCCGGCAGUUUGUGUUAUGGUGUCCCGCAGUUCACAGUUGCUAGUCGCGCGUUUCAACAAGUGACAUGGUCCUGGUACGGCGGGCCGGUGUCGGGGGCUCAUGCCUCGUGUGCGUCCUCAUGACCUGCUCAACUUUACUCCUUGUAGACGGAGCUGUUAUCCUGCCGAACACUUCGGGAAUUGAUGGACAGCUAACGGCGAAUCACAAAGUUGAUCACUUCUUUUCGCUCUGGUUGGUGUUUAGUAACGACGAUGUUAAAAUAUCAGACGAACCUUUUACAAUCUUUGCUCCACAAAAUGCAGCAACGAAGCGUGCGGAAAAACUUCUUCAACAACCAGAGCUUAUUAAAAAGCUACUUAUGGACCACGUGGUUCUGGGAUCACUUAUCGACUUAACCAAUGUAACAAGCAAUGUUUCCUUAAAAACGCUUUCUGGUAAAAUGAUUACUGUAAAGUAUUCUAAGGAACAUGGUCUAACGGCAAAUAAUGCCAAUGUAGUGGAAAGAAAAGUCACGGUACCAAAUGGUUUAUUAGUCGUCCUGGACGGUUACUUGUUCUCGUUUACGGAAGAACAAGAAAUAAAAGAAAAGAACACUUCCUCGACGUCCACGUCCCAAGAAAAGCUGAUGGACGUAUCGGCCACAUUUUCCUCAACGUCCAACGAAGGCAAUAAAAAUCAAUCGAACACUACGUUCGUGGAAAACAUUAUGGAAGUACUUUCGUUCCUCAAGAGCGGCGUUAGGGUAUUUCAACACUUCUUAUCAAGAUCCAACGUUUCCAAGUUGCUACAUCGAGAUGAAGAAUAUACCGUUUUCGUACCGACCGACCACGCUUUCCAAAGAUGGCAUCCAAUUGACUGGGGUUUUUAUCCAUUUAGUGUCCCCGAAUUUACAGAGAGUGUAAUUGUUAAUCAUUUUGUUAAAGGUAGAUUAAAACAAGAACUAAUUAAGGACGGAGAAGUUAUUAAAACGAUCGGAGGAAAGGAAAUUGUGUUUCGAAAAACACCCAAUCUUACCGUUAAUGGAGCCAUGCUAGUCAAGGGAGACACACCUGUCGCCAGAGGAAACAUAAUGUUCAUAGGAGAGGUACUGUUUGUUACGGAAUCUAUAGUGUCCAAACUCCAUCAGCAACACAAGGACAAAGAAACUCCCCCACUCUUAGCGUUUCCAUGGUUCGGAGCUCAAUUUCUUUCCCACGCCUUCCUAGCACUGGAACGAGACAAGAGAUUCACACAUAUCACACGGUUCCUGAAUCUUGCUGACCUAGCACCGCAUGUAUCAGGAACGGGAUACUCAUUCUUUGUACCCACUGACACAGCAUUCGAGAAAAUUGGACUGGAUAAAAUGCCUGACAAUUAUUUGUCGACUGGGGACGGUUUGCAAAUUUUACUUAAUCAUUUUGUUAAAGGACGGUUGUAUGACAGAGACCUGAGGGAUGGAAUCCGACUGGAAUCUUUGGGAAAUAGGACUAUUGAAGUAAAAAGAAUGAAAGAUCACGUAUAUAUCAACGACGCAGAAAUAGUAGAAAGUGAAGUUUUCGUUUACAACUUAGGCACAAUGUUCUAUAUAGACAAAGUACUUUUUACGGCUAAAAACACUCUCCUCAACACUAGUGUAGUUACAGAAGCAACUCGAUCUCUAACACCAGCUUGGACGACGCAAGCAAACGUUGAAGAUGUUCCCGAAGAAUUAGUCGAGCCUUCGGGAUCUUUACCAGACGUCCUCUUCGCGGAUGGAGCUAGCCCCGAUAACGAAACAGAAUCGUCAACUAUAACGAUUACUAAACAAAAAAGUACUGUUAAAUAAUGUGUUAAAUAUUGUAAUGGUGGUAUUAGUAAAUUAUAUUUUAAUUUUUACACGA